CCCAAAUCUUCCAGUCUCCCCCCCCGCUCUCUCUCUCUCUGGAUCUCGAUCUCCAACAAUGGCGGGGGCUUCAUCGAAGACUAACCCUCCGAGGGCGCGGAAGAGGGUGGAGGCCGAGACUAAUACGCUGAAGCGCGCCCGGGAUGGGAGCGCCUUCACCCGAUGUGAAGCAUGUAAUAAAGAUGUUCCUGUGGUUCUCAUCGAUAUGCAUAGCUGUAGCCUCGAUUCCAAGAUCAGAAUGAGUUUAGAGGCACAGGUUGUUGAGAAAGCGGCUGAGGUCAAUAAGCCUGUGGAGAGGAAGAGGGCGGCACCAGCUGAACGCAAGGAAAGAAAAGGCAAGAAAGAGAAGAAAUCCAAGGAUUCCAAGGCACCUAAACGCCCUCCCACUGCUUUCUUCCUCUUCAUGGAUGAUUUCAGGAAACAGUAUAAGGAAGCUCAUCCUGAUUCCAAGAGUGUUGCUACGGUUGCAAAGGAGGGUGGUGAGAAGUGGAAAUCCAUGACUGAUGAAGAGAGGAAGCCAUAUUUGGAUAGGGCAGCAGAGCUUAAAGCAGAAUAUGAGAAAGAAAAGGAGAAAUCGAAUGAAGAAAAUGAGGAAGAGGAAAAAGAAGAGUUAGAAGGGUCUGAAAAGGAAGAAGCGAAGGAAGAAGAGUGAAGAGCAGAGGAUUUCCAUGCUGGAAUUCUCUUAGUGAAAAUGGUUUCUUUGUUCCCUACCUGUAAAUUUUGAUGAAUUUCUUUUUGUUGGACAUGGAAGCUGCUGUGCGUUGUCAGCAUUCAUGCCUUCCAUUUGGGUGGUAUUAAUGACAGUAUUCCACAUGUUAUGUGGGGAAUCUCAGUUAUUUUCCAACAGAUCCUGCAGCAAUACCCCCUGCAGCAAUACAGUUUUGAGCCAAAGCUUUACAACUCGAGAAUUUUGUGUCUCAAUUUUAAGUUCAUCAGUUCAUGUUUGUGUCUAUCUUGGUUAAAUGACAUUUGGUGCAUUGAAUGAAA